AUGUUCUGGUCAACGCGCCACGACUAUCAGCCAGUCGCGACCAACACCGAGGAUGGCACCGCUUCGUCCGCAUCCUACGGCGGAGAAUCCGGAAGCCCGUCGCGAGCCUCACCGGGGACUGUGUCGCCAUCAGCGUCAUCGCCGCCGCCCAAGGCGCAGCAGUGGGUGGUGGUGCUCAUCGCCGUGAUUGGCGGGCUUGCACUGGCGAUGACAUUAGCGGCUGACGUCAUGCGGGUGAAGCAGUCAUCCACUCACAUGCUCGACGCGCAGAACGCCCUGCACUGCAUCUACCCCAGCAGCCCCUCGGGGGGCUACGCUGCAGCAGCGGCGCUGCUGCUGGUGGUGGCUCAGGGCUUCGCACUCCGGCACGGGGGCACCCACUGGUGCCAGGCCUCCCGCCUCGACACACGGCGCAAUCGCAACCUCUUGCUCGUGGUUCUCCUCACCAACCUGAUCUUCCUUUGUGUUACCAUCCUCGCUCUCUCCGUCUCCUCCCUAGACAACGCCCAUCCCGGCACCUACGCCCUCCGCUCCACCUCCCCCUCCUCCGCCUCCCUCUCCCCCAACCAAACCCCCGACCCCUGCCCAGUCGCCGACUCGGCUCUCUUCCUCUCCACCUCUCUCCUCUGCCUCUUCACCGUUCUUCUCAUGGAGGCGUAUUACCUCGCUGCCAUGCGCACGCGGCAAUACGCGUGGAUGAUCUCCCGCUAUUGCACUGUACGCUCGGUGCAUCUCGAGGCGUUUCAGCGCGAGGCCAUGCGGGCGAGCGUUGUGCCGGUCGGAUCGCCGAGAUCGGAUCUCGAAGCAGGAGAGGAGAUAAAGGAGGCCUAA